AUGAUAACUUUGCAUAGACGAACUAACAGUGCCCAGCUCUCAAAGACAAAGUUGCCUGCUGUAAAAUGUGAAGCCGCAACUCGUAUUAGCAUCCGAACAUCUAGAAACCGAAGCCGAUCUCCCAAUGUUGAAAUAUCCCAAUUCCAAGUAAAUAACAUUAUCCCGCUCUCCCAAGCCCUUUCAAGAUCUCUGUUAUCAUCUGAGACACUCUCUUACACCCCAAAUCCUUUAAGCAACCAUAGCAUUUUGCCAGAAUUCCGAGCCAAAAUGAUAGACUGAAUGAUUGAAGUCACUUCUGCAUUUAAGUGCCACAAGGCUGUGUUUUUUCUCGCAGUCAAAAUCAUGGAUAAGUUCUUUAAAGUCCAUCAGCAGGCUUUGUCUUCUCAGCUUCUCCAUAUAAUUGGAGUCUGUUGUAUGUUUAUCGCUUCCAAAUUUUCUGAUACAAGACAUCGGAUAAGACUGGGAGCUUUAAGAGAAAAAAUUGCCCAUAAAAAAUUCACUGUGAGUGAAAUCUUGAUCACUGAAAAACUGAUACUGAAAAAGCUUGGGUUUAUAGUGAAUUUGAGCACCUGCUAUGAUUUUCUGCAAAGCUUGUAUGAAGAAUUUAAGAUUCCUAAUGUGAUACAGGUGACUGCAGAACUGAUAUGCAGGAUUUCUCAAAUAUAUUAUAAACAUUUGGAGUUUAAACAGUCAGAUAUUGCGCUGAGUAGUGUAAUUAUAGCUGCGAGAAGUUUGAGACAAGAUAAUCUGUGUGAAAAAAUGAUACCGGCUAAGGGUAAGGAUAAAAUCACUGAAGAAGUGGUUGAAAAGUUAUCCAGAGAUGUUGAUAAAUAUGCUGAAAAAUUUCCUGGAUAUACAAGUGUCUUUGAUUUUUUUAAUGUUACUAUUACCUCCAGGAAACCUGGCCCUCUUUUUGUAUUUUGUGAUAUUGAGUUAGAGCAAGAUCAAAAUAAAUUAUUAUACUGAAAAAUCAUAAAUAGCCUAUUGAAUUAUUAUCACUAAAUUAUUGACUGUUUAUGCUUAUUUUAUAGAAAUUUGGGCCCCAAUAGUCAGGUGAUAGCCUUAAUUUAUGUUUAUAUAUACAUUCUUGGUAUAAAUAGUCCAAAUUUCUUAUAG